GAAGAGGGCGAGCGAUUCUGGGGAAAUUCCGUUAUCCAUUUACAUCACCUCUCUCUUUGCAUAUUAUCCCUGGGUUCCGUCUCGUUCACAAAUUAGGGUUUUUGCGUGUCGCUGUUCUUCGAUUUUUAAUCAAGCUAUCGAACCAUGGUUUCUGAUUCAAUCACCACCGCUCCUAUUCCUUCAGCUGCAAACGCUAAGAAUCUGGGCAAGAAAAAAAGGACCAACAGGUCUGCUAAAUUAAAGCAAUGUAAGAUUGAUGCCCGUCGCGAGCAGUGGCUUUCUCAAGUUAUGGUCAAGAAUAAGAAUUGCAAGGACGGAGGGGACGAUGGCCACGCGCCUCCGAUGCCUGUUAGGGAAGACGGCAAAGUUUCAUGGGAGAAAUUGGAGAGGAGUCCUAGAGCUGAAGAGAUUGAUGGAUCGCUCCAUCAAGAUGGCUACAUUGAAUCUCUAUCCAAUAGUCCCUCCAGUUUUGAUAGUAGCAUGUUGGGGAGUAAUGAUUCAGGAACAAAUUUCACUGGGAGCAGCAGCAGCGGCAGCAGUGCGGGGUCCUGCUCUGGGAAUGUCACGGAAGAAGAAGGCGACGAUGAUUGCUUGGAUGAUUGGGAGGCUAUGGCUGAUGCUUUAGCCGCCGAUGACGAGCAUCAAAAUCCAUGUUCGGAGCUGCCUCCCGCUCAUGAAUCAGCUGUGCAAAUGGUUUCGCCUCGUGAAGUGACUCAUGGGUCGAAUUUAGGUGCACGGAAUUCUAAAACCGAGAGUGAUAGAAUCGUUCCGUGGGCCUCUGGCAAUAGGAGAGCUUGGAGGUCUGAUGAUGCUUUUCGUCCUCAGAGUCUUCCUAAUCUAUCUAAGCAGUAUAGCUUACCAAAUCCAGCCUCUCGUAGUGGAGGAGGGAUCCCAUGGGCUCGCCCUGCUGCGCCAUCUCCUUGCCCAAUAUGCUGUGAGGAUCUUGACUUGACAGAUUCAUGUUUUUUACCUUGCUUGUGUGGAUUUCGGCUUUGCCUCUUCUGUCACAAGAGGAUUCUUGAGCAGGAUGGCCGCUGUCCUGGGUGCAGGAAGCCUUAUGAUUGCAAAUCUGUUGAGCCAGAGGCAAACGUCCAUGGAGGCAGCCUGACUUUUAGUUUGGAGCGCUCGCGUAGCAUGAUUUAUAGGACCUAAAAGAGAGAGUUCGUUGUUGCAUCUUAGAUUUAAUUUUCGUAGGUCUAGCUGUUGUAGGUAUGGAUUUUGUGCCCGAGGGAAUCAAGCUAUUUCUCAAUAGUAGUAUGGUCGUUAUCUUGUGGUGCAUUUGUUUAUGCAGAGUACUCAGGUUGAUUUGUGAAUAGAUGAUAUGGUAUAGAAAUUUAAUAAUUGAAAAUUAUUGCACAUGUUGUUUA